AGUAAUAGUGCAAUUACUUACAUAGCAAUGCAGAUAAUUCACUAACCUUGAAAUCAACUCUAGUAUUUAUCUUAUAUUGUAAAACACGUUUGUAACAAAACAUAGUAGAAAAUUUGUGAAAAAAAUAUGCAUUUUAUGAGAAAAUGAUCCCAAUAAAACUUAACUUUGUACCCUAUACCCAGUUCGUCAUAUUAAGCCGAGAAUGAUGAUAAUUGUUUUUAACUCAACAAUGUACAAUGUUCUUUACACAAUCUCCCAAAAUUGUCUUCCAAAAUAAUUCUCUCAAGAAAGGGGUUAAACCACUACUACUUUGAAAUAAAUAUCAGAGAUGUUUAGAUUUCUGUAAGUAUUUUGGCAAUUUUACUCAAAUUGUUGACAGGAGAAAAAGUCUAAACAUUUUUUUAAACAUUCAUUGUUUUAAAUGUUUUACUUUCUAAACAUGUAAUCAAUUACACAUUAAUUUGAAAACCAAUACAUUUUGUUGUUAUUUGUAAGAAAUAGCAUAUAAAAACCAGGCUAUUACUUUAAAAACACCAAUGACGUCACUCUUAUUAACUGCUUUAUUUAUCUAGAUUAAAGGUGAACCUAACGAAACUUAAAGUUGAUAUUAAAAACUGUAAAACUAAACACACAACAAUUUUAAGUCACAAAUACAAAACUUCACCAUGGUUUCAACAAAAAAAAUGAACUUGCUUAAUUUAUGUGUAAUUCUGUUAUAUUUUAUAUAUCUGCCAGUUCAUGGUGUUGUUAUCGAACGCAAAGAAAGUUCAGAUGUAAUUCAUGGUAUGAAAUGUAACAAUACGUUUUAUAAAGAACAAAAAGGAGAGGUUUGCAAAUGUGAUACCAAGCAAUCUUUUACAUCAGAUAUAGAACUUAAACAAGCAAUAGCUGCUUGCAGGAACCUUGAUAAUUCUAAAACUAAACAUGUUAUUUGUGGGGUUAGACACAAUAAAGUAAAAAUAAAUGAUUGUCACAUACCAAAAGUAACAAAAGUACACAUAUGGAAUUAUAGAGGAGUUGGGGUAUGGAUGUCAUUUAAUGUCGUAACUAACAUGCUGGUGAUCGAAAAAACAUCAAUUGUACUGAAGGAUCGAAAUUCAUGGGGUGGUUUGCUUGUGAAAUUUGAUUACACAUGUCAACAAAAGCAAAAUAGUCAGACAAUCUUGGUAAAAUUUAUUGGAAAAAGAAAAUAUCCUCUACCACCAUCAAUUAGUGGUAUAGUUUCAACAAAGACAACCCAAAAACUUAAUGUGGAUAACUCUCCAUCAAAAAUACCAAUCAUAAUUGGCAUAAUUGUUGCUACAAUAGUUGCUAUUUCUGCCAUGGUAUUAAUUGUUGUAUGCGUCAGAAAACGAAGAAGAAACACACCCAGAGGAGAACACAAGGAACCACUAUAUGCUGAAUACUCCACAACACCAAGUAAUGAAAUAAUGCUCAACACGGCAAAAUUUCCAAAAACAGAAAAAGAAACACAAAAUCAAAGCGAUACAAUUUAUGCUCAAGCAAGUGAAAAUCCAACAGAACAUAGCAAUACAACUGAUUAUGCUUUAGGUAUGAACACAACAAAUACAUACAAAUCUAUUUUGAAAGAACAUAAUCCCUCACAAGAGGAGUCAAAUUAUUACAGUACAGCGAUAUCUGCAAAACAAGUAGUGACUGAAGACUAUGCACAAGUAGAAAAACAUAAUCAACCAAAAAAUACAGAUAUAGAAACCAAUUUCAAAAGUGAUGAUUCAACUUAUUAUUACAGCACGGCAGCCUCCGCAAAACCAAUCGUAACCGAUGAAUAUGCGCUAGUAAAAAAACCUAUAGGAAACAAUGAAGAAAUCAAUGAGUACCACAAACCAAAUGAAGACAAUGUAAUAACAAAUCAAAAUGACAAUCUAGAUUAUUAUAGUAUAGUAGCAUCCGUAGAACCCAACGUAACCAAAGAAUAUGCACAGGUACAAAAAACAAAUACUAAUGGGAAAGAACAAAAUCCAUAUGAUUAUGCUCCAAUAAAUUAAACUUUCUUAAAUGUGGAAAUAGUUUUUUCUAAAUAAAUAAAUAUAUAUGAGCCCAUAGAAUAGAAGUAACAGAAACUUAUAAGUUCUCAUGGUCUUUGAAUUUAAAAGUUCUCUCUAACUUUAAAUAUAAAUAAGAAAAGUUUAAUUUAAAUAAAAAUUAUACAUUGCAUGCAAUUAACAUUUAUCGUGAGCUGGUGUGGUUACUGAUCUAGCAAAAAACAUAAUCAAAAGGCAUGCUAGGAAGAUGGUAGACAUAUAACUUGAAACAAUGAAAAUCCCAUGCAUUACCUGAUAAAAAAGCACAAGACACAGUAAUUUUCUGUUUUUAAAAAAUACCAGCUCUUGAAAGAUGUAUAGUAGAACAAAAGGCCACCUUAUUUGAGAUGGAGGGUUCCAGCUUAAUACCCUUUUAAGGAACCACCUUAUGUUGAACAACUUGUGUUUAAGACUAUAAAUUCUGAUUUUUAGUUCACUAGGAUACUAUUUUGCAUAUUACUGUUCAACUUAAUUCUUUCUCAGUUAAAAAAAAAUACACUGGUGCCAAGAAAAACUAUUAUCUAAAUAACAUUUAAACAACCUCAUACAGAGGAAAUGUAAUUUUAAUAUAUAGAUAAAAAAAUAGAACUGUUAGAUUUAAUUCUUUUUUUUAUUUUAUGAAAAGAUAACUUCUAAUAAUUUCUUUUCCCAGUAUAUCUAUAGUGGCAAAUAACACACACAAAAGAAACAAACAAUGCCCGGUUUACUUUUCACUUUAAAGUAUCUCAUCAAGCAUCAAUCUUCAAAUCAUAGUGGUAAAACUUUUUUGCACCAAUUUUUGUUAUUGUUAGAAAAUGUAUUCUAAAUGUAAUCUGCACUGUAUAAUAAAAA